UUCUGUUCUAGUGUUUCUACACGGAAUAUGACCGUGUCGUUCAAUAACAAACUGAAACCGGUCAAAUGUAAACGUUAAUACAUAUAAUGUCACAUUUCGCACAUGGACUGCAAAAAUGUCAAAGGAAGCGUUCGAUGAAAUAUCAGUUUUGUCUGCCAUAUACUGCGAGAAGGGCGAAUUCGAGCUGUUAGAAGAGUCACCUGAGAGAGGAAUUGUGUACCGUAUACAUACACUGAUAGAGAGGAACCGCGAGAAGACCCCGCUAGGCCUUAUUUUCCACAUCUCUCCUGACUACCCCCACACUCCUCCAGAUAUCAGCAUCAGUUCCAGCCACUUAUCGAGGAAACAGUGCCAUGACCUGAGACAGCAAUUACUGGACACAGCACGAUCACUUCCACCAGAGCCCAUGAUCCAUGGCUUAAUGCUGUGGCUUCAAGAACACUUCUCUGACUUGAUCAAAACAUCAAGCUGCCAUUCAGGGGAGCUAAGAGCAGAAACUACAGAAGAAACCUGGACUGCUUUACUACAUUUAGAUCACAUGAGAGCCAAAGCAAAAUACAUAAAGCUGAUUGAAAAAUGGGCUUCAGAGCUGUGUCUCACUGGGAGACUCUUUAUGGGCAAACCGAUAUUGAUUCUGCUGCAAGGAACAAAGGAAAAUAUUAAAGAAUACAUCCACCUUCAGAAGACUGUAAAAGUUGAUGUUGAUUCUUCAGGGAAACGCUGUAAGGAAAAGAUGAUGAGUGUCCUCUGUGAGAUUCCACAACCAGAGGAGAAGAUAAUGAUGUCUACAUUUGAAGUGAAAGACAUUUUAUUACUUGAUGACCUCAAAAGGGAGUUUGAUCUUGUUGGACUAACUGAGCUUUAUAACCAGUUUGUGCCCUCGCUCAUCUGACAGGACAGCUGCUGUAUAAUACAAACUCUCUCCACUGGGUGGAGCCAAACUCAACAACUUUUCAUGGAUUCCCAUCAAAAAACGCAUCAUGCAUACAGGACAUGUCUCUGGUGAAAAUGUACAUGAUUGCAUGAAAUUGUAAACACAAGUUCAAAACAACAUCAAAAUAAAAAAGAGUGGUAAAACUA